AUGUACAACUCUCUUACCCGUAUCCAAAACACUCUCGGCUUCUUCACCACCGUCGCAUUCGUUGUCGCAGCUUUCAUUGCUGCUUCGGAUUUCAUAGCUCCUCGUGCCCCCGAUGCUGGUAUCUUUGCAGUCUCAAACUCCCAAGUUGUCAAGGGUCGACCGCAUUACUACAGCACCAAGAAGGAGGAAUACGCAAUUAUUAGAUUUGACCUGGAUGCCGAUCUGAGAAGCCUCUUCACAUGGAAUACUAAGCAAGUCUUUGUCUAUGUCACUGCCGAGUGGCCUGGACCCAACAAUUCGACCAACGAGGCUGUUAUCUGGGACAAGAUCAUCACGAAUCCUAGCGCCGACCAUCUCCAGAACAUUGGACCUGUUGCUAUGAAGAAGCUCAAGCGCAGCGCUGAAGGAAAGACUAUAGACCCCGACCGUGGCUUCUUGGGUCUCAAGAACCAGAAACCAAAGUAUCAAAUUACUCACCCUACUGGUAAGGUUGCAGCGACAGAGGAUGUGAAGCUCAAGCUACACUAUAAUGUUCAACCCUGGGUUGGAUUUCUUACUUGGGAUCAGACCCGCGAUCUUGGACACUGGAAGGCUCUGGGUAAUGGCGAGUCACCCAAGUUCAACCUUCCAGCUAUCAAGACCAAGAAGAAGGAUGCCAAAAAGAAGAGCUACUAG